GCCGAAGGCAAAGACGAACAUUGUGUGAGACUGUGGGCUCUCCGUCCCAGAUGACCAUCCCCUCUGCCAUUCCAUUCCUACGUUGACACAUUCAGAGCUAGCCGAGCUAGCUAGGCAGCAACAGUUCAACUAGGCAGAGGUAAAACAGGGUGUGUUUCACACAAAUGGCUCAACAUUUACAAUGAAGAAAAUUAAAUCUAUAUCUUGACGACCACUGCGUGCUCAAUGACGGUCUCCCGCGGUCGCAGCGAUUGACAUGGACUCUUGUGAUAAGGAUGUGAAACUGUCAGCCGAAGUGGAGCCGUUUAUCCCACAAAAGAAAGGUCUGGAAGGAGCGCUGGUCACCAUGAGCUUGUCUGGAGGAGGAGAAGGAGGAGGAGGGGGGGUAGAGCCCACCCCAAUCCCCAGCUACCUCAUCACCUGCUACCCUUUUGUCCAGGAGAACCAACCCAACAGACAACAGCACCCCAUGUAUAGCGGAGGAGGGGACCUGCGCUGGCAGCAGCCCAACCCCAGCCCAGGUGGUCCGUACCUAGCUUACCCCAUCCUGUCCUCCCCCCAGCCUCCAGUCUCCAAUGACUACACCUACUACCAGAUCAUGCCUGCACCCUGCCCCCCCAUGAUGGGCUUUUACCAGCCCUUCCCAGGAACGUACGCCGGGCCCCUGCAGCCUGGCGUGGUAAACCCUAUAUCAGCUGACGUCAGCGAGAGACCGGCCCCUCUCGGACAGGCAUUUGGGCUAGCUAAUCAGAGAGGUGGGAGGGGCAUGGUCAGACCUGCCGUUCUACCCAAGUCUAUGUUCUAUCAGCAGCAGCAGGUGGGGUUGUGUCAGUCCCUGAGGGCCAGAAGGCCCCCCAUGAGGACUGUAGCUGUCCAGAAGGAGGUGUGUUCCUCGGGGCCAGAUGGACAGACCAAGACAGUCCUACUCGUGGACGCUGCCCAACAGACUGACUUCCCAGGGGACAAUGCGUGUGGUCGUGGUGCAUCGGAACGGGAGCGGGCCAGCCCCCUGCUGUGGAAGAACCUUCCCCGGCGAAGGCGGGCCUCGCACCCUGCCGAGAGCUCCAGCGAGGCGGACAUCGACAGCGACAGCGGAUACUGCAGCCCCAAACACAACCAGCAGGCCCCGGGGGUUACGCAACACAAUGCCCACGCUGCUAUAGCUCCUACGGGAGUGGAUGCAGGUGUAAUGACAGCGGUAAGCUGGGUGAACGUAGCGUCUCAGGCCUCUCAGAGGCCGUGGUCAGACAACAGGACCACCCAGUUCCAACGGACAGGGAAGACCCCUGAUCAGAGGAACUACUCGCAGCAGGACUUCCAUGCAGGGUACUCAGGGGGGCGUGUCUGUUCUAACCCCACCCCCGCAGACAGUAACGGUGGUCUGCAGCAGAGACGGCUCCAGCCCGGACUGGGCCCUGGGAUGGUGCUUGCUCCUGAGCCACUCUACUUUGAGGAUGAGGAUGAGUUUCCAGAGCUGGUCUCAGGAGGGGCACAGAGGAACAUCAAACCAGACCCUAACCCUUCCCAGAACCAACACCAGACCAAACUAACCAAGAACCUGCUGGAUAACCUUCCAGAGAACUCUCCCAUCAACAUCGUCCAGACCCCCAUCCCCAUCACCACCUCCGUCCCCAAGAGGGCCAAGAGUCAGAGGAAGAAGGCCCUGGCCGCUGCCCUGGCUACAGCGCAGGAGUACUCUGAGAUCAGCAUGGAGCAGAGGAAACUACAGGAGGCACUGACCAAAGCAGCAGGGAAGAAGAGUAAGACUCCAGUCCAGUUGGACCUGGGAGACAUGCUGGCUGCUCUGGAGAAACAGCAGCAGGCCAUGAAGGCUAGACAAAUAACCAAUACUAAACCACUGUCCUUCACAGUGGGUACAGCAGCCCCGUUCCAUGGUUCAGGGCCAGGUGCCGGGUCGGGAGCAGGGUCAGGUAUAGUAUCAAUGUUGAAGGCCCAGCAGGCCCACUCUGCCCCCCUCAACAUGCUGGACUCCAGCGCUCCACGCCUGAAGAGAGGGAAGGAGAGAGAGAUCCCUAAAGUCAAACGACCUACCGCCCUGAAGAAGAUCAUUCUGAAGGAGCGUGAGGGGAAGAGGGGGAAGGGGGGUGUGGAUCAGAUUGCUGCCAGCCAGGAAGAACAGGGAGAAGAGGAGCUACACUUCACUGACGACCUCACACGGGAACCUGCCUCUCAGGAGGGUAGGUACAGGGUCAGGGGUAAGAGAGAGGAGGAGCUACACUUCACUGAUGACCUCACACGGGAACCUGCCUCUCAGGAGGAGAACGGUCUGAGCGUGCCCAGUGAUGACGCGUCCCUGUCCCCGGCCAGUCAGAACUCUCCGUACAGCAUCACGCCUGUUUCCCAGGGUUCCCCUGGCUCCUCUGGCAUCGGCAGCCCCAUGGCCUCUAACGCCAUUACCAAGAUACACAGCCGCCGCUUCAGAGAGUACUGUAACCAGGUGUUGAAUAAAGAGAUAGAUGAGAGUGUGACGAUGCUGCUGCAGGAACUGGUCCGGUUCCAGGAGAGGGUUUAUCAGAAGGACCCCAGCAAAGCCAAGACCAAACGCAGACUGGUCAUGGGCCUUAGAGAGGUCACCAAACACAUGAAGCUCCACAAGAUCAAGUGUGUCCUCAUCUCACCCAACUGUGAGAAGAUCCAGGCCAAAGGGGGUCUAGAUGAGGCUCUGUACAACGUCAUAGCCAUGGCCAGAGAACAGGAGAUCCCGUUUGUGUUUGCUCUGGGUAGGAAGGCUCUGGGACGCUGUGUCAACAAACUGGUGCCUGUCAGUGUGGUGGGCGUCUUCAACUUCUCUGGAGCAGAGGGUCUGUUUAACCGUUUAGUGUCUUUGACGGAGGAUGCUCGUAAGUCCUACAAGGACAUGGUGUCAGCGCUGGAGCAGGAGCAGGCUGAGGAGGCGCUGAAGAACGUCAAGAAGGUCACCCACCACAUGGGCCACUCCAGGAACCCCUCCGCUGCCUCCGCCAUCUCCUUCUGCUCUGUCAUCUCUGAACCCAUCUCUGAGGUCAACGAGAAGGAGUAUGAGACCAACUGGAGGAGUAUGGUGGAAUCGUCAGAUGGGCUGGAGCCUGUGGAGGCUAAACCCAGCCAUCCUGCUACUUCCUCUGGGUUGCAGAGAGACAACCAGCCCCCCUCCACCACCACCAAUCGUAGCCCUUACUCCACUACUCUCCAGCUCAGAGCAGCCGUCCCUGCUCCAGGCUCAGGCCCGGGGGAGAGAGAGGAGGGCCGGGCAGACGACCGGUUGGAGCUGGCCUCCCAGCAGAGCACGGAGACAGGCAGUUUGGAUGGGAGCUGCAGGGACCUCCUCAACUCCUCCAUCACCUCCACCACCUCCACCCUGGUCCCCGGUAUGCUGGAGGAGGCAGAGGAAGAGGAGGAGGAGGAGGAAGAGUACACACCAGAGCCCAUCUCUGUGGAGGUGCCUGCGGUCAUCAGCCGUAUUGAGUCCUGGGUGUCUAAGACGCUGGAGAACCUUCAGCUGGGGAAGAGCCAGGACAGCACAGAGGAAGAGGAGGAGGAAGAGGAGGAGGAGGGAGUGCAGAGUGAGGAGGAAGAGGAGUUGGAUUCUGCUGAUGUCACAGAGACUGGGCUGGAGAAGACGGAGAAGAUUGAGGCCAAUAAUAUCACUGGCUGAUUAGACCUCAUUCAUCCCUCUUUCUCUUUUUUGUUUCUCGCUCCAUCUGUGUACACUCUGUCGCUCCAUCUGUGUACACUCUGUCGCUCCAUCUGUGUACACUCUGUCGCUCCAUCUGUGUACACUCCAUCACUUGUCUUCCUCACCCCCCCUUCAUACCUGUUCCCCUAACCUGCACUCUUUCUCACAGUUGAACCAGCAACUCUCCUCUUCUCUCUGUCUGUAACUUUGGACUUCAGACAUUAUCUCAGGAAUCAGACCAUACACACACACGCACACACACACAGGCAGUCCACACACACACACACAGGCAGUCCACACACACACACACAGGCAGUCACACACACAGACCAACCUGCAAACUACAGACAAGUAUCUCUCCUGGUCUCUCUGAUGGAUAGACUCCUCUGUUCCUCUCAUCCUCCUCUCACUGAUGUGGACCUUGAACAACUGCCUCAGCUAAACUGGUCUGGUCGGUCUGGCAUCGACUGGUCUGGUCUGACAUGGAAUGGGCUUGACUGGUCUGGUCUGGCUAAGGGAAGCCCUGGUUCCCUUCCCACCACUCCAGGUUUCCCCAGGAUAGGAGAAGGUUGUGAGGAGAGGCUUCCCCUCUGUCUGUAUGACGCAGAGUCCUCCAGAUGAUAGACCUGUCAGUGAGACUGCUGACUACAGACUAACUAGAAGGGAACUCUCCCUCUGUCUGUAUGACACAGAGCCCUCCAGAUGAUAGACCUGAGACUGCUGACUACAGACUAACUAGAAGAGAACUCUCCCUCUGUCUGUAUGACACAGAGCCCUCCAGAUGAUAGACCUGAGACUGCUGACUACAGACUAACUAGAAGGGAACUCUCCCUCUGUCUGUAUGACACAGAGCCCUCCAGAUGAUAGACCUGAGACUGCUGACUACAGACUAACUAGAAGAGAACUCUCCCUCUGUCUGUAUGACACAGAGCCCUCCAGAUGAUAGACCUGAGACUGCUGACUACAGACUAACUAGAAGAGAACUCUCCCUCUGUCUGUAUGACACAGAGCCCUCCAGAUGAUAGACCUGAGACUGCUGACUACAGACUAACUAGAAGAGAACUCUCCCUCUGUCUGUAUGACACAGAGCCCUCCAGAUGAUAGACCUGAGACUGCUGACUACAGACUAACUAGAAGAGAACUCUCCCUCUGUCUGUAUGACACAGAGCCCUCCAGAUGAUAGACCUGAGACUGCUGACUACAGACUAACUAGAAGACUCCCUCUGUCUGUAUGACACAGAGCCCUCCAGAUGAUAGACCUGAGACUGCUGACUACAGACUAACUAGAAGGGAACUCUCCCUCUGUCUGUAUGACACAGAGCCCUCCAGAUGAUAGACCUGAGACUGCUGACUACAGACUAAC